AUGUUUGAUCCAGCAUAUUCACAGCUUUUAGAUACUAACCAGGAGCUUCGUAGUGAACUUCGAGAUGAAAUUUCUAUUAAUAAGAGUAAUGAGAAAAAACUUCGCUCUCUCGUGAAAGAGCUUGAGCAAUGUUAUCGAACUAUCUCAUUACAGGAUAAUACUAUUAUAGCCCACGAGAAAGAGAUAGAGAAACUUAAAUCAGAAAUAUCUAAUUUGCGAAAACAGCUUAGGGUUUUACAACAGGAUAAAAAAUUCAAAGAUGAUGUUGGGUCUAUUCAAGAUGGCCGAAUCAUAGAGCUUGAAAAUAAGCGAGUAGAUCAUCUUAGGAACCAGUUUAAUGAUAGUGGGAAUCAGAAUUUACGAUUACAACGUUUGUUAGAUGAAUCCCGAACUCAGGCCGAAAGAAUUACACAGAUGCAUACAGAUGCUUUAAAUAAUGAAAUGGAAGCACGUAGAGAGUAUUGGCAAUUGGCUCAAAAUAGGCAAGAGCGUAUUGGCGAAUUGUUACGUGAAAAUUUUGUCUACCGACUAUUAAUUCAGCGUAAGGAUACUCAAAUUGCUGAGCAUAGGAGAAAUGCACAUAGAUUAACAGUACGCUAUAAUAAUGAUACAGAACGCUGGAGAAGAAGGCAUAUAGGUUGCGUUCGCCAGGCACAAAAUUGGAAGGGACAAUAUAGGAAUUCGCAAAAUCAAGUUCAGGCUCGUGAUCAGAAUAUUUUAAAUUUGCAGGGACAAAUUUUGGCAUUACAGAAUAACCCACCUAAUAUACAACGUAUAGGAAUGGCAGGAUAUCCGCCCCCAAAAUUUCAUGGCACAGCUGGUGAAGAUCCAGCAGACUAUAUAAGAGAUUUGCGUCAAUGGUGUGAAGCUUCCCCUAACCACGAUCCAAAUGCAGGUCAUCAACACCGGAUUCGUAUUGAUGGUCUUUUCGAAUCAGGUUUAAAAGAUUAUGCAAAAGAUUGGUAUGAUAUCGAGAUUAAGGGUAGAAAUUGGGAAUUGCAAAACAUUAGCGAUAAUACUGGUAUUGCAAAUAUUGGUGCCAUCAAUGGUUUAGCUAAUAAUAAUGCGUUACGUGCUAUUAAUGUCAAUCAGUUUCGAGGUGGAGCUCUCCAUAUAAGAAACACUGUACCAGCUGAUAAUAAUGCAAUUGCCAAUCCAAUACAAAUUCUUGGAACAAUCCCACAACAGCCUUCAUACCAAGCUUCCAGCGGAAGUAUCUCGUCGGCUGAAAUUGAAAAGUUAAAUAACAAAAUAGCAUCUUUACAGGCGCAACUAGCUCAACCGACUCAAGUGCACUCCCAGAAUAAUGAGGCCUUAGAAAAGAUGUAUAUACGUGCAAUACGUUUGGGAAUGCCACCUGAUGCACCAAGAGAUCUUACAUCCUUAGAUAAUUAUAUUAAUGACGAAUUGAUAAGGAGAUUGGGUGUUGCUAAUACCAACUAUGCUAAGCUUUCCAAGCAAAUUAAUGCAGUCAAAAAGUUGCAUAAAAGUGGCCUGGUCGAGUCCAUAUAG